AUGACAGAGGAGACCCAGGAUGAACUACCCCAUGGUAUUCAUCAGCACUGUGAUACUGCUGCUUAUUUCGACUACUGGGGUAAAGGAACGACAGUCACAGUAACUUCAGGAACUCCUGCACCAACUGUUCGACCAAAGCUUUUCCCUCUGGGUCAGUGUGAUUCUGGGGCUGGAGAUCAGGUCACUUUUGGUUGUCUCGCUCAUGACUUCAACCCAGGGAGUCUUACUUUUACGUGGACCGACCAAAGAGGAACCAGUUUGGAUUCUCAACAAUAUAUUUCAGGACCAAAUAAUAACAAAUAUACAGGAGUCAGUGUGAUCAAAGUGUCCAGAUCUGAUACACUUUCUUUGUCUUACAAUUGUGCUGUGACUCACCCUGGAGGAAAUGGACGUGUGCAGCUUUACAAAUCAAUUCCACCAAAGGUAACUUUGCUAUCAACACCAACUGGAGACAAACAGACUCUGGUGUGUACUGCUGAGGAGUUUUACCCUGGAAAAGUGGAAUUCAGCUGGAAAAAGAAUGGAAACACUGUCACUGGCUUCACUGCUUGGAGCCCCAAAGACGUUCAAAAUGUAUAUUCAUCUAUCAGUGUCCUGAAAGUCAACAAAAGAGACUGGGACAGUAAAGCUGUGUACACUUGUGAGGUGACCCACAAAGGACAAAAAUAUACCAAAAAGAUCUCAGAAGCUCCAUUCACAGUGACACUGAAAUCUCCAAAUCCUAUAAAAGUGUUUAACAACAACCAGGUAGAGUUGGAGUGUGUCGUGAGUGGAGAGGAUGGAACCAUUAUCUCUGAAACUACAAUCACUUGGCAGAUCAAUGGACAGACUGUGACAAACAACAUUAAUACACAAGCUAGCACAAAGAGCAAAACUAGCAAACUGACUCAAAGUCUCACUGAGUGGAAGAGUGUCAACACAGUGAGAUGUUCUGCCACCAGAGGAGAUAUGACACCAGUUAUCCAAGAGCUGACUGUGAACAAAGGAAAUGGGACAAGUCCAACAGUGACAGUACACACACUGCCAGAGAACAUCAUUGACAAUAGAGGCUCAGCUGAGGUCACUCUGGUGUGUCUGGUCUCCAGUCCUGUGCUGCAGGAUCACUACAUCACCUGGUCAGAAGAUGCUGGAGGCUUCACUGAUGGCACCAGUUUCCCUCCACAGAAGACCACAGAUGGCUACUCAGUUACAAGUCUUUACAUCACCACCAAGGAAAAGUGGAACCAGAACAAGAUGUUCUACUGUAACGUCAGGUCUGCUGGUAGCGAUCAGCCUAUAAGAAGUCGAGGAGUGUCUAAGGCCACAGCUCCAUUCACUGUGACACUGAAAUCUCCAAAUCCCAUAAAAGUGUUUAACAACAGCCAGGUAGAGUUGGAGUGUGUCGUGAGUGGAGAGGAUGGAACCAUUAUCUCUGAAACUACAAUCGCUUGGCAGAUCAAUGGACAGACUGUGACAAACAAUAUUAAUACAAAAGCUGACACAAAGAGCAAAACCAGCAAACUGACUCAAAGUCUCACUGAGUGGAAGAGUGUCAACACAGUGAGAUGCUCUGCCACCAGAGGAGAUAUGACACCAGUUAUCCAAGAGCUGACUGUGAACAAAGGAAAUGGGACAAGUCCAACAGUGACAGUACACACACUGCCAGAGAACAUCAUUGACAAUAGAGGCUCAGCUGAGGUCACUCUGGUGUGUCUGGUCUCCAGUCCUGUGCUGCAGGAUCACUACAUCACCUGGUCAGAAGAUGCUGGAGGCUUCACUGAUGGCACCAGUUUCCCUCCACAGAAGACCACAGAUGGCUACUCAGUUACAAGUCUUUACAUCACCACCAAGGAAAAAUGGAACCAGAACAAGAUGUUCUAUUGUAACGUCAGGUCUGCUGGUCGCGAUCAGCCUAUAAGAAGUCGAGGAGUGUCUAAGGCCACAGCUCCAUUCACUGUGACACUGAAAUCUCCAAAUCCCAUAAAAGUGUUUAACAACAGCCAGGUAGAGUUGGAGUGUGUCGUGAGUGGAGAGGAUGGAACCAUUGUCUCUGAAACUACAAUCACUUGGCAGAUCAAUGGACAGACUGUGACAAACAACAUUAAUACACAAGCUGACACAAAGAGCAAAACCAGCAAACUGACUCAAAGUCUCACUGAGUGGAAGAGUGUCAACACAGUGAGAUGUUCUGCCACCAGAGGAGAUAUGACACCAGUUAUCCAAGAGCUGACUGUGAACAAAGGAGAUGGGACAAGUCCAACAGUGACAGUACACACACUGCCAGAGAACAUCAUUGACAAUAGAGGCUCAGCUGAGGUCACUCUGGUGUGUCUGGUCUCCAGUCCUGUGCUGCAGGAUCACUACAUCACCUGGUCAGAAGAUGCCGGAGGCUUCACUGAUGGCACCAGUUUCCCUCCACAGAAGACCACAGAUGGCUACUCAGUUACAAGUCUUUACAUCACCACCAAGGAAAAGUGGAACCAGAACAAGAUGUUCUACUGUAACGUCAGGUCUGCUGGUCGCGAUCAGCCUAUAAAAAGUCCAGGAGUGUCUAAGGCCACAGCUCCAUUCACAGUGACACUGAAAUCUCCAAAUCCUAUAAAAGUGUUCAACAACAACCAGGUGGAGUUGGAGUGUGUGGUGAGUGGAGAGGACAGAACCGUUGUCUCUGAAACUACAAUCACUUGGCAGAUCAAUGGACGGACUGUGACAAAAAACAUUAAUACACAAGCUAGCACAAAGAGCAAAACCAGCAAACUGACUCAAAGUCUCACUGAGUGGAAGAGUGUCAACACAGUGAGAUGUUCUGCUGCCAGAGGAGAUAUGACACCAGUUAUCCAAGAGCUGACUGUGAACAAAGGAAAUGGGACAAGUCCAACAGUGACAGUACACACACUGCCAGAGAACAUCAUUGACAAUAGAGGCUCAGCUGAGGUCACUCUGGUGUGUCUGGUCUCCAGUCCUGUGCUGCAGGAUCACUACAUCACCUGGUCAGAAGAUGCUGGAGGCUUCACUGAUGGCACCAGUUUCCCUCCACAGAAGACCACAGAUGGCUACUCAGUUACAAGUCUUUACAUCACCACCAAGGAAAAAUGGAACCAGAACAAGAUGUUCUAUUGUAACGUCAGGUCUGCUGGUCGCGAUCAGCCUAUAAGAAGUCGAGGAGUGUCUAAGGCCACAGCUCCAUUCACUGUGACACUGAAAUCUCCAAAUCCCAUAAAAGUGUUUAACAACAGCCAGGUAGAGUUGGAGUGUGUCGUGAGUGGAGAGGAUGGAACCAUUGUCUCUGAAACUACAAUCGCUUGGCAGAUCAAUGGACAGACUGUGACAAACAAUAUUAAUACAAAAGCUGACACAAAGAGCAAAACCAGCAAACUGACUCAAAGUCUCACUGAGUGGAAGAGUGUCAACACAGUGAGAUGCUCUGCCACCAGAGGAGAUAUGACACCAGUUAUCCAAGAGCUGACUGUGAAUAAAGGAGAUGGGACAAGUCCAACAGUGACAGUACACACACUGCCAGAGAACAUCAUUGACAAUAGAGGCUCAGCUGAGGUCACUCUGGUGUGUCUGGUCUCCAGUCCUGUGCUGCAGGAUCACUACAUCACCUGGUCAGAAGAUGCUGGAGGCUUCACUGAUGGCACCAGUUUCCCUCCACAGAAGACCACAGAUGGCUACUCAGUUACAAGUCUUUACAUCACCACCAAGGAAAAGUGGAACCAGAACAAGAUGUUCUACUGUAACGUCAGGUCUGCUGGUCGCGAUCAGCCUAUAAGAAGUCGAGGAGUGUCUAAGGCCACAGCUCCAUUCACAGUGACACUGAAAUCUCCAAAUCCCAUAAAAGUGUUUAACAACAGCCAGGUAGAGUUGGAGUGUGUGGUGAGUGGAGAGGAUGGAAGCAUAAUCUCUGAAACUACAAUCACUUGGCAGAUCAAUGGACAGACUGUGACAAACAAUAUUAAUACAAAAGCUGACACAAAGAGCAAAACCAGCAAACUGACUCAAAGUCUCACUGAGUGGAAGACUGUCAACACAGUGAGAUGUUCUGCCACCAGAGGAGAUAUGACACCAGUUAUCCAAGAGCUGACUGUGAAUAAAGGAGAUGGGACAAGUCCAACAGUGACAGUACACACACUGCCAGAGAACAUCAUUGACAAUAGAGGCUCAGCUGAGGUCACUCUGGUGUGUCUGGUCUCCAGUCCUGUGCUGCAGGAUCACUACAUCACCUGGUCAGAAGAUGCUGGAGGCUUCACUGAUGGCACCAGUUUCCCUCCACAGAAGACCACAGAUGGCUACUCAGUUACAAGUCUUUACAUCACCACCAAGGAAAAAUGGAACCAGAACAAGAUGUUCUACUGUAACGUCAGGUCUGCUGGUCGCGAUCAGCCUAUAAGAAGUCGAGGAGUGUCUAAGGCCACAGCUCCAUUCACAGUGACACUGAAAUCUCCAAAUCCUAUAAAAGUGUUUAACAACAACCAGGUAGAGUUGGAGUGUGUCGUGAGUGGAGAGGAUGGAACCAUUGUCUCUGAAACUAAUAUGGCUUGGCAGGUCAAUGGACAGACUGUGACAAACAACAUUAAUUUAAAAGCUGGCACAAAGAGCAAAACCAGCAAACUGACUCAAAGUCUCACUGAGUGGAAGAGUGUCAACACAGUGAGAUGUUCUGCCGCCAGAGGAGAUAUGACACCAGUUAUCCAAGAGCUGACUGUGAACAAAGGAAAUGGGACAAGUCCAACAGUGACAGUACACACACUGCCAGAGAACAUCAUUGACAAUAGAGGCUCAGCUGAGGUCACUCUGGUGUGUCUGGUCUCCAGUCCUGUGCUGCAGGAUCACUACAUCACCUGGUCAGAAGAUGCUGGAGGCUUCACUGAUGGCACCAGUUUCCCUCCACAGAAGACCACAGAUGGCUACUCAGUUACAAGUCUUUACAUCACCACCAAGGAAAAGUGGAACCAGAACAAGAUUUUCUACUGUAACGUCAGGUCUGCUGGUAGCGAUCAGCCUAUAAGAAGUCGAGGAGUGUCUAAGGCCAUAGCUCCAUUCACAGUGACACUGAAAUCUCCAAAUCCUAUAAAAGUGUUUAACAACAACCAGGUAGAGUUGGAGUGUGUCGUGAGUGGAGAGGAUGGAACCAUUGUCUCUGAAACUACAAUCGCUUGGCAGGUCAAUGGAAAGCCUGUGACAAACAACAUUAAUUUAAAAGCUGGCACAAAGAGCAAAACCAGCAAACUGACUCAAAGUCUCACUGAGUGGAAGAGUGUCAACACAGUGAGAUGUUCUGCCGCCAGAGGAGAUAUGACACCAGUUAUCCAAGAGCUGACUGUGAAUAAAGGAGAUGGGACAAGUCCAACAGUGACAGUACACACACUGCCAGAGAACAUCAUUGACAAUAGAGGCUCAGCUGAGGUCACUCUGGUGUGUCUGGUCUCCAGUCCUGUGCUGCAGGAUCACUACAUCACCUGGUCAGAAGAUGCUGGAGGCUUCACUGAUGGCACCAGUUUCCCUCCACAGAAGACCACAGAUGGCUACUCAGUUACAAGUCUUUACAUCACCACCAAGGAAAAGUGGAACCAGAACAAGAUUUUCUACUGUAACGUCAGGUCUGCUGGUAGCGAUCAGCCUAUAAGAAGUCGAGGAGUGUCUAAGGCCAUAGCUCCAUUCACAGUGACACUGAAAUCUCCAAAUCCUAUAAAAGUGUUUAACAACAACCAGGUAGAGUUGGAGUGUGUCGUGAGUGGAGAGGAUGGAACCAUUGUCUCUGAAACUACAAUCGCUUGGCAGGUCAAUGGAAAGCCUGUGACAAACAACAUUAAUUUAAAAGCUGGCACAAAGAGCAAAACCAGCAAACUGACUCAAAGUCUCACUGAGUGGAAGAGUGUCAACACAGUGAGAUGUUCUGCCGCCAGAGGAGAUAUGACACCAGUUAUCCAAGAGCUGACUGUGAACAAAGGAAAUGGGACAAGUCCAACAGUGACAGUACACACACUGCCAGAGAACAUCAUUGACAAUAGAGGCUCAGCUGAGGUCACUCUGGUGUGUCUGGUCUCCAGUCCUGUGCUGCAGGAUCACUACAUCACCUGGUCAGAAGAUGCUGGAGGCUUCACUGAUGGCACCAGUUUCCCUCCACAGAAGACCACAGAUGGCUACUCAGUUACAAGUCUUUACAUCACCACCAAGGAAAAGUGGAACCAAAACAAGAUGUUCUACUGUAACGUCAGGUCUGCUGGUAGCGAUCAGUCUAUAAGAAGUCGAGAAGUGUCUAAGGCCACAGCUCCAUUCACAGUGACACUGAAAUCUCCAAAUCCUAUAAAAGUGUUUAACAACAACCAGGUAGAGUUGGAGUGUGUCGUGAGUGGAGAGGAUGGAACCAUUGUCUCUGAAACUAAUAUGGCUUGGCAGGUCAAUGGAAAGCCUGUGACAAACAACAUUAAUUUAAAAGCUGGCACAAAGAGCAAAACCAGCAAACUGACUCAAAGUCUCACUGAGUGGAAGAGUGUCAACACAGUGAGAUGUUCUGCCGCCAGAGGAGAUAUGACACCAGUUAUCCAAGAGCUGACUGUGAACAAAGGAAAUGGGACAAGUCCAACAGUGACAGUACACACACUGCCAGAGAACAUCAUUGACAAUAGAGGCUCAGCUGAGGUCACUCUGGUGUGUCUGGUCUCCAGUCCUGUGCUGCAGGAUCACUACAUCACCUGGUCAGAAGAUGCUGGAGGCUUCACUGAUGGCACCAGUUUCCCUCCACAGAAGACCACAGAUGGCUACUCAGUUACAAGUCUUUACAUCACCACCAAGGAAAAGUGGAACCAGAACAAGAUUUUCUACUGUAACGUCAGGUCUGCUGGUAGCGAUCAGCCUAUAAGAAGUCGAGGAGUGUCUAAGGCCACAGCUCUAUUCACAGUGAGACUGAACUCCCCAAAUCCCAAAAGAAUAUUCACCAGCAAUGAGGUAGAGCUGGAGUGUAACGUCACUGGACAGGACGCCACCGUUGUCUCUGAAACUACAAUCACUUGGCAGAUCAAUGGACGGACUGUGACAAACAACAUUAAUACACAAAAUAUCACACAAGGCAAAACCAGCAAACUGACUCAAAGUCUCACUGAAUGGAAGAGUGUCAACACAGUGAGAUGUUCUGCCACCAGAGGAGAGAUGACACCAGUUACUCAAGAGCUGACUGUGAACAAAGGAAAUGCGACAAACACAAAUGUUUCAGUUCACAUCCUUCCAGACAAGUUCACUGAAAACUCAGCUGAGGUCACUCUGGUGUGUCUGGUCUCCAGUCCUGUGCUGCAGGAUUACUACAUCGCCUGGAAAGAAGAUGGUGGAGUCUUCACUGAUGGCACCAGUUUCCCUCCACAGAAGACCAAAGAUGGCUACUCAGUUACAAGUCUUUACAUCACUACCAAGGAAAAGUGGGACAAGCACAAGACGUUCCACUGUAACGUCUGGUCUGCUGGUAGCGAUGGUCCUAUGAAACCUCAAGGAGUGUCUAAGGCCACGGAUUGUGCUUUAAAGUCAGAAUCAGGAUUUGCUGUGAACUGCACGGACAAUGUCACUGAAGAGGAUGAGUUCAGCAGCCUGUGGUUCACAUCCUCCUCCUUCAUAGUCCUCUUCAUAUUCUCUCUCAUCUAUAGCAUCAUAUUCAGCCUGAUCAAGGUCAAAAAACACUGAAGGAUGGAUUGGAAGCAUCAAUCUUUUUCAUUUAACAUGUACAUAAUCAUUUAUCUGCUAAAUCAAUAUCUAUCUAUCUAUCUAUCUAUCUAUCUAUCUAUCUAUCUAUCUAUCUAUCUAUCUAUCUAUCUAUCUAUCU